AUGAAAACUAAAAAUAGCCACAUACGGAUUAAUGCACACUUCUACCAGUUGCUCGAGGUGCCUAGAGAUGCAUCACCCGCCGUUCUCAAGGCCGCGUACCAUCGCGCUCUUCUAAAGUCCCACCCCGACAAACGCGCCACACACGAUCCUACCAAUGGUGUUGAAAUCUCUCUAAUCAAACAGGCGUAUGCCGUAUUAUCAGAUAGCCAGCUUCGAGACGCCCACGAUGCCACGCUUGAUCAAAAAUCGUCGAGCACGACGCCUCGUCCCGCACAAGUAAUCUCUCUGGAAGAGUUUCAAGACGAAUCCUCUUCUGUCACACCAGAAGACGCGGAAGAGGGCCCAUGGAGAUAUUCAUGCCGCUGUGGAGGCUGGUACCGGAUAACAGUACCCCAGAUGGAAAAUGGCGACCAUCUUAUCGCCUGCAACAGCUGUUCAGAAGUCGUUUGGGUGGGAUACGAGUUAGCUGAUCACGAAACGUAG